ACAAGUCUUCAGAAACAAUCCAUUUACCCGGCCAAAUGUGCUCCGUCACAUCUCCUCGAGAGUUGGAGCCUCACUGCGAUGUGAAGCAAACGAACAACGAGAGGAAGAUAUCUCAAUCUUCCUCAAGACCCUAACCCUAGGAUCCAAUGUCCUCCUCAUGUUCCGACCAUCUAGGGCUAAGCCAGUGUCGGAGAGCCGGGAUGCCUCCACCCCUCGGCAGCCGGGGCUCUCGACUUCUCCUUGUUCCCGCUUCUCUUCGCAAUUCCGUCCGUUUCCGAUGCAUCAUCGACGCGAUGGCUCCGAGGCUGGCCGUAUCGUCUUCGCUCGGUGCUAUUACCGGAGCCAGCAACGUGAUAGCAGCUGCGGCGGCCGUAGCCGGUAGCACUGGGGCGUCGCACGCGGGAGUAACGUCGGCGCUGGCCCAUGUUGCGGUGACGGCGGUCGCAAUUGCUUCGGGUGCUUGUCUCUCAACCAAGGUCGAUUUUCUAUGGCCUAGGUUGGACGAUCAGCCAGAUUCUCUUAUCAUUGAUGGGGUAGAUUUAACUGGAUACCCAAUUUUUAAAGAUGCGGAGGUGCAAAAGGCUGUUUCAUUUGCAAGAAUAGCUCAUUAUGGCCAGUUUAGGAAGACUGGAGAACCUUAUGUUACUCACUGUAUCCAUACGGGAAGAAUUUUAGCUGCUCUUGUUCCAGCAACUGGAAAAAGGGCUGUGAACACGGUUGUUGCUGGGAUCCUUCAUGAUGUGAUAGAUGACACAAUUGCAAAUCUCAGUAGCAUAGAAAAUGAGUUUGGUGAGGAUGUUGCUCGUUUAGUUGCAGGAGUCUCAAAACUAAGCUACAUCAAUCAGUUAUUGCGAAGGCAUCGUCAGAAAAGUAUUAACCAAAGUACUUUUACUCCUGAAGAGGCCAAUAAUUUGCGAGUUAUGCUUUUGGGCAUGGUUGAUGAUCCUCGUGUUGUCCUCAUUAAGCUUGCUGAUCGAUUGCACAACAUGAGAACAAUUUUUGCUUUGUCUAUGCCAAAAGCUCAAGCAGUUGCACAAGAAACAUUAGCUGUAUGGUGUUCUCUUGCUUCUAGACUUGGUUUGUGGGCUUUAAAAGCAGAAAUGGAAGAUUUGUGCUUUGCUGUCCUCCAGCCUCACAUGUUUCGGAAAAUGCGGGCUGAACUUGCUUACAUGUGGAACCCCAGCAACAGGGCAAAAAAUUUGAGGCGUUUGUCUAAUAGAGCUGGAUUUCAAGAAACAGAAGAAGAUAGUCAUGGCAUAAGUAGCCUUGAUUUACCUCUUUCGACCUACGACAAUAUCGAUGACUUGAAGGAUCUUUUGCAAGCUGUAUUGCCCUUUGAUCUGUUGCAGGAUCGUAAGAAGCGAACUAGAUUUGUUAAUAACCUCAGGAAAUGCCCUAAACCUGUAGUCGCGAUGCCUAAAGUUGUUAAUGAUGCUGCGAUAGCAUUAGAGUCUCUGACAUAUUGUGAAGAAGCUCUCGAGCGGGAGUUGCUCAUAUCUAUUUCUUAUAUUCCAGGAAUGGAGGUUGAUCUAUCUAGCAGGCUAAAAAGCUUGUACAGUAUCUAUUGUAAGAUGAAAAGGAAAGAUGUUGACAUCCGGCAGGUUUAUGAUGCUCGUGCCCUAAGGGUGAUUGUUGGCGAUAGAAAUGGAACUUUACAUGGACCUGCUGUCAAGUGCUGCUAUAGUCUUCUUGACAUUGUACACAGGCUCUGGACUCCAAUUGAUGGGGAGUUUGACGAUUACGUUGUUAACCCCAAGCCCACUGGAUAUCAGUCUCUUCAUACUGCAGUGCUAGGUCCCGAUAGUUCACCAAUUGAAGUCCAAAUAAGGACGCAGCGGAUGCACAAAUAUGCAGAAUCUGGGCAUGCUGCUCAUUGGCUAUAUAAGGAGAAUAAAGUAGAAAAUUCAGAUAUCAUAAAUGAUUCUAAAAUCCAAGCAUCUUCCUGCCAAACAGCUUGUUUAGAAGAUGAAGGUUAUAUUCAAGAGGAUGCUCAUCAGAAAUAUGGUUCCUUAAAAGUGGGGCAGCCAGUCCUGAGGAUAGAAGGCAGUCAAUUGCUUGCUGCUGUUAUUAUUAGGGUUGAUAAAGGUGGAAGAGAGCUUUUGGUUGCUGUGAGUUUUGCUCUUGAAGCAUCUCAAGCUGUAGCAGAGAGAAGAUUUUCUUUCCAGAUAAAACGUUGGGAAGCUUAUGCAAGGUUAUAUAAAAGGGUCUCUGCUCAGUGGUGGUUUGCACCCGGACAUGGGGAUUGGUGCACAUGCUUGGAGAAGUACACUUUGUGUCGAGAUGGGAUGUUUCAUAAGGAGGACCAGUUUCAGCGAUUACUGCCUACAUUCAUCCAGGUAAUAGAUAUGUCGGAGAACGAGAAAGUUGAAUACUGGAAUGUUGUGUCAGCUGUGUUCGAGGGAAAACAAGUCGUUCCUGAUCCAUCUUUAAGCAACAUUGGGAGAUCAAGUUGGGAAACUGAUGAUGGCAUCAAUAACAAGGUGAAUUUGUUGAGAACAAUGCUUCAAUGGGAGGAGCAAGUUCGGCAUGGAACAGCCUUAGGUGAUCGAUAUCACAAUUCUAAUACUGUGACUCUCAACGAAGUAGUCAUCAUAAGAUGGCCCAAUGGGGAGAUAAUGAGAUUGAGAUCAGGCAGCACUGCAGCUGAUGUUGCCAGAAGAUCGGGGGAUGAAGGAAAGCUAGUGUUAGUAAAUGGUCAGCUCGUUCAACCGCACACAGAGCUCAAGGAUGGGGACAUUUUGGAGGUUAGAGUGUGAGAGAUUAUUAGGUGCGGAGUGCAGACGGGGAGAACCAUCCGCACAAGCAUUGGAUACUACUCGGUACCCCGCGGGGUACCGCUAGGUUCUCAGUAUUUGUGCGGACGAUGCGCACCCCGCACGUAAUAAUUUUUCCUAUGAUCACAAUACAAGUUUAUUGGAAGGAGAAGUGGGUUUCUAUAGCUGUACAGAAUUGGGUGGUGGUAGUCAAAUCAAAUAAUGGGGAGCCCAAAAGGUUAGUGUAUUGGCUACGAUUGGUCACUGUAUAUAUUAGUCAUUUAGCAAUAAAUGCAUCAAUCAAUUCUCACUUGUAUUUAAAUAAUAUUUGUUAAAUGGUCGGUUAUAAUAUAAUUUGUUAUUGCUAUUCAAGUAAA